UGCUCUUUCAUCUUGCUUUUGUCAACUACAGAACAUAAUUUUAACGCGAGCUCUAUAUCAAGGUGCUUCAUGAUCAUGAAGUUCUCAAUUUCUCUUCUCAGCGGCCUCAGCCUCUUGAAUUUCAGCUCUGCCUCAACUAUUACUAGGCCCAAAGCCCAUGUUCCUUACUAUUCGCGCGAUGCUGAGCCAACCUGUAUAACUCCAGGUAUCGUUCCCAACAUUACGGGCUCUCAAAUCCGCAACGUUGGAGUUAUUCUCUUCCAGGCUCUCGACAUGAUCGAUGUUUUCGGUCCUCUAGAUCCUCUCCAGAUCCUCUCGCUCACCGUCCAGCAGCUCAAUCUUCACCUCAUCGCUGAGACGCUUGAACCUGUUAGCACAGCCCCUUUGGCCAUGAACAAGUUCAACUCGAGCUUCUUUCCAACGAUCCCCCCAACCAAUACAUUUAACGACGACCUGGAUCUUGAUCUACUUAUUGUUCCUGGCGGCCCUGGCGCGAGGAACCCGAAUCUUCAGGCUGUUACGGAUUACAUUGCAAAGAUGUAUCCUAAGGUUAAGAUGCUGAUGACUAUCUGCACUGGUGCUGGCGUUGCAGCUAGAUCGGGUGUUUUGGAUGAGCAUUUAGCAACGACGAACAAGAACGCCUGGGCGACUAUGAAGGAGAUGGGUCCCAGAGUGAACUGGGUAUCUCCCGCUCGUUAUGUCAUCGAUGGUAAAGUCUGGUCUUCCUCAGGCGUCACUUCUGGGCUGGAUCUCAUGUUUGCCUUUAUCGGUACUUUCUGGGGUGCAGAACAGUCCGAGCGUAUUGCGAGUAUUAUUGAGCAUGUUCCUCGUGUUGCGACUGAUGACCCCUUCUCGAAGCACUUUAAUAUUACGCUCACUGAUGCUCAGCCCUGCCCAUAGAUUUGAAAGGGCCUCCAAGCCCGUGAAUGAUACUGUGAGAGUAGAGGUGAUGUCGUGGCAUGACUGCAGGUAUAUAGUUUUUCAUAGAAACCGAUCCAGCAUUACGCCUUUUUACUGUUGUCACCUACCCAGUUGCAAGACUUAUGUUAUCUUCAGUUAGAUAUUUGAAGCUCAAUAGC